UUCUCCAUAAAAUUCAACUUAAAAGAAGCUUCACUUCUCAAGCUCCUCUUGUGAAGUGCUCCAUUCAAAAAAUAGAAUGGAGAAAAUGGCUUCUUCAAUAGCUCAUCUUCUUGCACUUAGUGCAAUACUUGUUGUACUUUUUUCAUCAGCACAAGCUGAAGUACAAGGUUCAUUUGAUGACAAUUUUAGCAAAAGCUGUCCUGAAACACAUUUCAAGACUUCUGAAGAUGGACAGAUCUGGUAUUUAUCAUUGGACAAGAAAGCAGGAUGUGGAUUUAUGACCAAGGAGAAAUACAGAUUUGGGUGGUUCAGCAUGAAGUUGAAAUUGGUGGGUGGUGACUCUGCUGGUGUUGUGACUGCUUACUAUAUGUGCACAGAAGAUGGAGCAGGGCCAACAAGAGAUGAAUUAGAUUUUGAGUUUUUGGGAAAUAGAACAGGGGAACCCUAUACUAUUCAGACAAAUGUGUACAAGAAUGGGACUGGUAAUAGGGAGAUGAGACAUGUUUUAUGGUUUGACCCCACUGAGGAUUUCCACAGCUAUUCCAUUCUUUGGAACCCUCACCAAAUUGUGUUUUUCGUUGAUAAGAUACCGAUAAGAGUGUUCAAAAACGCGAAUUAUACGAACAAUUUCUUCCCAAUUGACAAGCCAAUGUACUUAUUUUCAAGUAUAUGGAAUGCUGAUGAUUGGGCUACAAGGGGUGGUUUGGAGAAAACAGAAUGGAAAAAUCAACCAUUUGUUUCAAGUUACAAAGAUUUUAGUGUUGAUGGUUGUCAAUGGAAAGAUCCAUUUCCUUCUUGUGUUUCAACUACAACUAAAAAUUGGUGGGAUCAAUAUGAUGCUUGGCAUUUAUCAGGUGACCAAAAAAUGGAUUAUGCUUGGGUGCAAAGAAACCUUGUGAUUUAUGAUUAUUGUCAAGAUACCGAAAGAUUCCCUGAGAAGCCUGAGGAGUGUUGGUUAAGUCCAUGGGAAUAGUAAAUUUGAAGAUGGGUAAAAAAAAUAUUUAUGAGAGGAAGGAGUAUUUUGAUUUUUUGAUGUUGAGUUGUAUAGAUGUAUUAUUUUUGUCAUCGCUAUUGUAUUAUUGAAUUUAUUGUUAUAUUAUUGAACCCUUCAAUUUUCUA